AUGCCAGAGUCGACAUCCCCUGUGACCCUCAUGUCCUCAUGGCGCAUCAGCGGGGGAAUGGGAAAACAGAGGAUGAGCCUCGCCAUUAACAACGGACAGAAAGGCAACAUGUUUACUCAGCUCAGAUUGGCCAGCACAGACCUUAACAUCCCGACGUCAAAAGAGGAGCAAGAGGAGUACCUGCGGUGGAAGCAAGAGCGUGAGCAAAUCGACAGAGAGAGAGUUGCGCGUCACAAAAACGCCAAGGGCCAGUGGAGACGAGCCUGGGACGUGGAUAAGGCUGACAGCAUGUUUUUGGACAAGUCUGGAGGAGAGUGGUUACCUUCUAACAGAGGUGGACGGAAUUCUAGAAGAGGUCAGAACAGAACGAGCUCAGAUUCAAAAGGUCAAAUGAGGAGAGGCAAAGCGAAGGAGGCAAAGAAUGUACAAGCAAUGGGCAGUAAAGCAAAAGGAAAAGAUCGCCUCACCGGCCGGGCCAGGAGAUGGGAAUCUAGUGAAGAUGGAAAUGCACAGGACUCUGAAGCAACAUUGGAAGAAUUCCUGGAAGAACUUGAUGCUCUCACAGAAAUGGUUGAUGAGAGAAAAGUAGAGGACAAAAAAGCAAAAGCACCUUAUAGCCGGCUCUGA